UGAAUAAAGGUGUAACAUGACUCAAAUGGGGAUGGAGGCGGAGCUGAGAUGAUGCUGAAGCUACAAGUAAGCGGGAAGGCGAUCUUGUCGAGUGUUCGUUGUAAGAGACAGAUGUCGACUUCUUCUUCCUUUGUCUUUGGUCCUUACAAGAUCGAUCCGCGUGAAGUGUUCUACGCAACUCCUCUCUCUUACGCCAUGGUUAAUCUCCGUCCUCUUCUUCCUGGUCAUGUUCUUGUCUGUCCAAGACGCCUUGUGCCGCGCUUUACUGAUCUCACAGCUGAUGAGACCAGUGAUCUGUGGCUUACCGCUCAGAAGGUUGGCUCUCGGAUUGAGACCUUCCAUAAUGCAUCUUCUCUCACAUUAGCCAUCCAAGAUGGUCCUCAGGCGGGUCAGAGUGUUCCACAUGUGCACAUUCACGUCUUGCCUCGUAAAGGUGGUGACUUUGAGAAGAAUGAUGAGAUUUACGAUGCAAUUGAUGAGAAGGAGAAGGAACUGAAGCAGAAGCUUGAUCUAGACAAAGACCGUGUUGAUAGGAGCAUUGAGGAGAUGGCUAACGAGGCUUCUCAGUACAGAUCUCUUUUCGAUUGCUAGUUUUAAGCAAAAGAUAUCCACUGGCUUCUAAGCCUUUUUAAUAAGACCAUUGUGACAAGCAUCUCUCAAGUUGAGGUUGAUGUUUCAGACUUCAAUUCCAACUUGUAAUCUCUUUCUUAUGUCACCCAACUAGAAUCAUCUAUGUGUUUAUUUGAAGAACCAACAUGACACAGAUA